CUUACCAUUCAUGUACCGGGGCUGGGUAACUACGUAAUACCUAAUACCUAAUUUAGCUAAAAAGGAUAUUCUAAUUGCUAUGUAAAUAUGUGCAGGUUCGGUGUUCGAGUGCUGGAGCGCACUUGCUCGGCGCUCGACGGGCGGCGGGUGGCGGCGCUGCUGGUGUGCGGCGGGGGCAGCGCGGCCGCGGCCGUGGUGGCGGCGGCAGCCCGCGCCGGCGUGCCUGUACUGCGUGCCUCGCCCACACACGUGCACCUUUCUUAUGCUAUAGCCAAUGAACUGCUUCCACUUGAAAUACGACUCGAAAUCACAGCUCGGGAAACUUUACAUGCACUCAGAGCAACACUUCUGCACACUCACUGGCACUCGUUCACCUUACUGGCAGAAGAGGAUAUUUACACAACACUAUCCCUAAGGAAAGACCUGUCUUCAAUAAUUACUGCACCACCGCUUAAUCCAAAAUGGCUAUCGCUUCCCAAAAAGUUUUCUCGACACGUACUAUUCAGGCGGCUAGCGGAGAUAUCAAGGCUGACCAGAGGCGUUGUUGUCUUAAUAUGUGAUGUCAAUUACGCAAAGCGCGUUAUGGAUGAAGCCAGGCGCCUUAACAUGCUAGAAGGCAAUUUCUUUUGGCUGUGGCUCGAUGCUUCCAAAGACGUUGAUAUCUUCCACAACAUAAGUAACAGAACAUUUUAUGCCGAAGAUAAUGAUCAAGAUUAUGAAAACUUAAGAGACAAUGACGAUGCACCUGUAUACGAACGCUUUGACCGCAGCAAACGAGAUGAUGCUGACAAUAAAACAAAUGAAGCACAAAAAACAUCCGAUUCUUGGACGAAAUCGGAUGAAAAUGUAGAAAAUAGUAUUAGGAAAGAAUUUAAUUCAAUGAAUAAAUUGAAUUCUAGAAAUCAUCGUGGUAGUCGAAAUUUAAAUGUUUCGAAAAGCCACGGUGUAAACAACAAAUUAUUAGAUAAAAAUUUUAGUCAAUCGUAUGUUAGUAAUCGCAAUAUUAGUUCGGAAAAUGUAAAAAUAAAUGAUGUAAAUAACAAAGGCGUUGAAACUUCUAAAAUCGAAAACAAUUCAAUUGCGAAGGGAAUGUCCUUUCAUAAUAGAAAUAAUAGUAGGCGUAAUAGUUAUAGGAAAUGGAGAAAUGAAUCUUUUAAUAAAUAUGUAAAUAGCAUACAUGUAGAUGAUGCGAAUGUAGAUAACAAUUUUAUGGGACAAGAUGAUACUAACAAUAAUGAUGAUACUAGAGAUAUUAAAAGUAGUAUAGAUUUAUCAAGUGAUAUUAGUGAUUUCUUAAUGGAUCCCAAGGUGCAUGCGUUUUCAAUGCAUAAUUUUAAAGAAAAUCCUGUUAAGAGGAGUGACAGACAUUUGAAGAUGGAAGAACUAUUAGAUAAGGGAAAACACAAAGCUAAAGAUAAUAUGACUGUGAUCUUUAAAAGCCUUCCUGUAGGACUAUUGGCUCUACAUCCACAACCCGUGAAAAUAGAUCGCGCUUUUAUUCGCGCUGCCGUCCGAAUGACGGUUGGUGCAUUAAGACGUGUGCUACGCGCUUGCGAUGCUUGGUCAGCGCAGGCGCAGUUUUUGAGUGACGCUACCGCGUCCUGCUGGGACGAACCCAGUGAUGCUGCCGCUGACUUUUCUACAGAAUUUGUAAGAGAGACACGAAUAUCUUCAGCUGCAGCGCUUGCAGGUGGCACUGAACGACCCGAACGAUCGUUAACAGCUUCAUUCGCACUUUUGAACUUAGUACCAGGACCUGAGGGAGGAAACAUGUGGAGACAAGUAGGACGAGUGCUCGGACGUAGCGUUAGACUUCAUACAAUUGUAUGGCCGGGAGGCAGACUCGUCGCUCACGGUCAAUCGGACGGUGCCCGCACUAUAUUUCGCAUCGUCACAGCCUUAGCUCCGCCUUUUGUCAUGGAAGGUGAGCUCGACGAAGACGGUCAAUGUCUCCGAGGCCUCUUGUGUCAUCGACCGCAAACGUCGGACCGAGAUAAUCUAACCCUCGCCUUCAAUGAACUGGAAAGAGAAAGCGAUCAAGAAACGGAUGAUUUUUUCUUCCCAACCCCAAAACCCGUAUUUCUCAAAAUGGAAACUCAUUGUUGCUAUGGACUUGCGAUGGAUCUUUUAGAAAAUAUAGCCCAAGAACUAGAAUUUGAUUUCCAUCUAUAUAUUGUAGAGGACGGACUGUACGGGUCUAGGAAACUUAUCAAACCUUUUCAUCGAAUAUUUGAAUACAAAACCGUGUCUAGUGACUAUGCACCGAUAAAUUACCAGAGUUAUCGUUCACAAUACCGUAACGGUUACAAAUCGCUGGAAGAGGACGCCCAAGAAAAGCCAUACUUGUUUGAUAUCGGCCCAGAUGAAAGCGUUGAGAAAUGGAACGGUAUUAUUGGAGAUUUAGUAUCUGGAGCCGCUCAUAUGUCUUUUGCAGCUCUCAGUGUGUCCGCAGCGAGGGCAGAGGUCAUAGACUACAGUCAACCUUACUUUUUCAGUGAAGUGUCUAUAUUAGCCGCACCAAAUCAAAGGCCUGAUAUACCGUUACUAGCGUUUUUAUUACCGUUUUCACCAGAGUUAUGGAUUGCUAUAUUUACGUCUCUGAAUGUGACGGCUAUAGCCGUGGCAAUUUACGAAUGGUUAUCACCAUUCGGAUUAAACCCUUGGGGUCGGCAGAGAUCAAAGAACUUUAGCAUUUCCAGUGCCCUGUGGGUUAUGUGGGGACUUUUAUGUGGACAUUUGGUUGCGUUCAAAGCCCCGAAGAGUUGGCCUAAUAAGUUUCUAAUAAAUGUGUGGGGUGGCUUCUCUGUGAUAUUUGUUGCUAGUUACACUGCCAACAUAGCCGCUUUGAUAGCGGGGUUAUUUUUUCACAAUGCUGUUGAUGACUACCAAGGUCGAAGUAAUUGGCUCUCUCUGCGGGUCGGGACAGCAAGGUCGUCGGUGUCUGAAUACUACGUCCAACGGAAUAAUCCACAGCUGGCAGAACAAAUGCGUCGUUACGUCCUUCAAGAUGUUGAAGAAGGUAUUCACAGACUCAGGAAUGGCACUUUGGACCUUUUAAUAGCUGACUCGCCAGUCUUAGAUUAUUACCGGGCUACUGACCAUGGAUGUAAACUGCAGCGUAUUGGUGAUCAUGCACUUGCUGAAGAUGCGUAUGCUAUUGGUAUGGCUAAAGGAUUUCCUCUGAAGGAUAGCAUUUCAGCUGUCAUAGCUAAAUAUUCAUCGAAUGGGUACAUGGAUAUUUUAACAGAGAAGUGGUACGGUGGCUUGCCUUGUUUCAAACUUAGUCCCGACUAUGGAAUACAACCGAAGCCACUCGGUGUAGCAGCAGUAGCUGGAGUUUUCAUUUUACUAGGAGUUGGUAUGAUUCUGGGUUGCGUGAUACUGACCCUUGAGCACCUGUUUUAUAAGUACACCUUGCCGUCACUCCGCAAAAGGCCAAAGGGAACUAUAUGGAGGAGCAGAAAUGUUAUGUUUUUCAGUCAGAAAUUAUACAGGUUUAUUAACUGCGUGGAACUGGUAUCACCUCAUCAUGCGGCACGAGAACUUGUCAAUACUAUACGACAGGGACAUUUCACUUCACUCUUUCAGAAAAGUGUCAAGAGGAAGGAACACGAACAGCGUAGACGUCGUAAAAGUAAAGCGCAGUUAUACGAAAUGAUUCAAGCAAUAAGAAGGGUACAACAACGUGAUCAUUCUUUGGGGUCAAUAAAAGAGCAAGAACCAGUUGAAACUGAAACGGAAGCAUCAGAAGAAUUAACCGAGAGUAAAUUCCUCUCGCCUUCGACUGAUGUAUCGAGCCGCUCACCGCGACAGAGUCGGUCCCCUCGUCAGCUACGGGUUUCCCCGAGAGGCCGGAGGAAAAGAUGUAGCCUCGCGGGACUUAACGUGCGGCGAUUUAGCACUGACUCAGUCCUAAAUACAGACUCGGUCUCUAAUAUCUAUGAACGCACAUGCCAUAAUAUAGGCAGAAGACUGAGCCGAGAUGUAAGCUGUUUGACCAAUUCUCCUCCUGAUAUCAAUACCCGACUUCGAACACCAUCACCUAUGAUAAGACGUGCAGAAGGUUCUUCAACUCGCUCUUAUCAAGACGUUUCAGAUAGAUCCGAUAACUACUUGAGUACAGACUGCCCAACUUCAAGAGCCAGUAUCGAGAUUAUGGUUUCUCAAGAUGACCAAGAUAUUCCACCGGCGCCACCGUACCCUAGAGUACCCCCGAUGGGAGCGAGGUCGGAACUGUCACUACUGUCGGAAGAGGAACUCGUAAGAUUAUGGCGAAGUUCGGAACGGGAAGUAAGGGAAUCCCUGUUGGCAGCGCUUCAAGAAAGGAGGGCCAAUUUAGAUCCGAAACAGGAUCCGGGAUGAAAGAACGACUACAACAUUUGUUGGGAAAGGAAUAGGUCUGUGCAGAAUCACUUUUCAUCUCUCAUUGCCGCUCGGCGAGGGAGCGAUAAGGAGUAUCGACCAGAAUACGCACGUAGUGGUUGAGUUAGUGCCUUUUUUACAUUGUUUGAUGCGGACACGUCUCACAGGCGUUAGUUAGUCAAUCGGUGUUCAUUUCAGUGUCUUGAUAUUAUUGUUACAUUCGAAAGGCUGCCUUACUUUAUAUUUAAUUGCUUCUUCAUUAUUGAAUCUGCGUCAAACAAUUUAAAUAACGGUACUCGGUAAGCUAAGUUAAGUUCGGAGAUGUUGACGUCCAAUAAAUUGAUAAAAGCUUUUAUGAGUAAAUCUAGAAUUGAUAUUUAUGAUCGUAAAUGUUAUCUAUAUGUAAAAAUAUUAAAUAGCUAUGACCAGAUGUUUUAAAGUGCUUUAACCUAUAAUCUAGAUCGUGAUAGAUAUUUCCAUUCUAUGAACAUUAUUACUUAGUGAACAUUUAGAAUUAUUCAUUAAAGUGUUUUGAACAUCAACUUGUUUUAAAAUUCUGCGAAUUGAUUAGUUAUUCAGUCAGAUAGGUUUGAAGUUACAAAGCUGUCUACUUUUGAGAUUCAUGUUAUGGCAUGAAGAUUGCAAAGUGUUCCUACAAAUUUUACCGUACCUAUGAAUAAAACAAUAAAUGAAGGAAUACAGAACAAAUUAGCCUUAAUAGAUAUUAAAUCAUCUACAUAUGCAAAUGUGGUAUUAAUUUUAUAUAUUCAGCUAUAAAAGAAUGAAGCAAAUAAGGGCGCCCUAGGGUAAUAAAAGCAAAUUAAUUCGGAAUUAUAACGUCGACAAACCAGAUAUGUUUGAUUAAAUAAUAGUACUGUCUGAUAGUAGAAUGCGUAAAUAAAUAUAAGUACCAAGCUCCAAGUGAAAAUGAGUACAUAUUAAUUUAAUUACUGACAACCCACUUCAUUUUUAAGUGCCUAUUUGCCCACCGAUCGAUAAAUUAAACUUUCUCCUAGAUAUUAAUUUUGACCUAGGCAUUUUUAGAUAGAUUAAACUUCCCAUUUUAAAUGUAAAGGUCCAAGUUAGAAAACACCUUGGGCAAGGACGCGUCAUGAACGUGUCAAAAUGGACCCUUGCGGUUUUCAUAUAUCCCGUCUAAUAACGAUCUAAUUUGUUAACGUACCCUUUUAUGUAGUUAAUUGAAACAAUACCUAACUAUUUAAAUUAAUUAAUUAGGGAACUACAUUUUAAUGUUAGAAUAAAACGAUAAUUAUGAAUGAAAAACUGCCAAGUUUCGAAUUAGGUAAUGAUAAAUUAGAAUUCACUUCUUCCUAGAGUUGCACCCUAGUAGCGUUUAGUUUAGAUUUUUUCUCUCUCUAUUUAUCCAAACAUAUUUUAUACUUGUAAAAUAUGAACCCUGUCGUAACCUAUCUGUUUAAUAAAUAUGUAUUUUCUACUUCUAAGAGAAACAAAUUACAGUAUACUGAUAAAGCAAUAUUUUCCGAUUGGAUUUUAAAAUUAAAAAUAGAUUUAUUUAUUUUAAUCU